AUGUCUGCUCGUAUUCAGAAAAUGGAACGAGCUCUCGACUUAACCAAGUACAUUCAGCAGGUUGAAAAGCUACUGGCUCAACCCAUAAAGAUCCCUGGUUCAACGUUAGUUCAUCAACAAACUCGUGGUCUUUCUGGUAAUCGACGACCUAGCAUAUUUUCCGCAAAGGGAAUUUACCCUACGGAAGAAAUCCGGAAACACAAGCUCUCCAAAUUGUUUAACUUCCAACACGUGAAGGAGCGAGAAUGGCUUCAAGAGAUCUUACUGGAAGAAAGCGAUUCGGAUGAUGACGGGGAGAUGGCAUUCACAGUGCGAGAUAUUCGUGCAGCAGUGAAGGUUCAUCAGAUGCGUCGUAAGCUUCAAAAACGCUACCAUAGUGAUCGAUCGAACAGCCAGUUCACGUACUAUUCGGCCGGACUACUCAGCAACGACGAUCCUUUCCCAGAGCACCACAUGGUGGAGUCGGCUUUGGUCGGGCAUUUGCUCGACCCGCGCUCUCCAUUGAACAUCGAAAGCCUCCUGGAUGCCAUCACUGCUCUACUAAUUGAUUGCAAAAUUCCAUCAUUAAUGCGUAUAAAAAGCAUUGACAGCUUCAUCACUAGGUAUCAACAGGUUAUCGAACAGGUAUCGCAACACAGGUUGAAAGGUUCCGACUUCCGAUUAUUAAAAGUAAUAGGCCGAGGAGCCUUUGGAGAAGUGCAGCUCGUGCGACACACCCAGACGAAUUGUGUCUAUGCCAUGAAGCUUCUCAAUAAGGACGAUAUGAUCAAGCGAUCCGACUCAGCGUUCUUCUGGGAGGAAAGAGACAUCAUGGCGCAUGCAAACUCUGACUGGAUUGUUCGGCUUCACUAUGCUUUCCAAGAUCAACGAUAUCUAUACAUGGUCAUGGAGUAUAUGCCCGGUGGUGAUUUAGUGAAUUUGAUGACAACGUACGAUGUGCCUGAGAAAUGGACAAGAUUCUAUGCUGCUGAACUUGUCGAAGCCCUCGCUGCACUUCAUUCGAUGGGUUACAUUCAUAGAGAUGUCAAGCCAGAUAAUAUGUUGAUCUCUCGAAGCGGCCACAUAAAACUUGCAGAUUUCGGCACGUGCGUAAAAAUGAACAAGAACGGAGUUAUUAAGUGCUCAACAGCCGUCGGUACUCCAGACUACAUUGCCCCUGAAAUUCUGCAAAAUCAGGGCAAAGAAGCUGAAUUUGGCACCGAAGUCGACUGGUGGGCUGUUGGAGUAUUUAUCUACGAAAUGUUGAUUGGAGAAACCCCAUUCUUCGCAGAAGCUUUAGUAUCGACCUACUCGAACAUCAUGGAUCACAAAAACAGUCUUCGUUUCCCCGAUGAACCUGCUAUUUCAGCUCAUGCAAAGGAUCUCAUACGAAAGUUCCUGUCAUCUGCCGACGUACGAUUAGGGAAAUCAGUAGAUGCAAUUCGAGCACAUCCGUUUUUCAAAAAUGAUGAGUGGACCUUCGAGACCCUUCGUAAUGCUACUCCUCCAGUUAUACCUGAGUUGAAAGGCGAUGACGAUACUACCCAUUUUGAGGACAUAGAAGCGAAGCCGAUGAACGAGUCUUUCCAGCUACCAAAGACUUUUAUAGGGAAUCAAUUACCGUUUAUUGGAUUUACCUACUCAAAUGAACUCAGGAUCAUAUCGAAGUUUGUUAGUCAAGUAGCGGUCCGUUCCAGUCCCAUCCUGAAAAUCCAAGAAGCGUUCGAUUCGGUAAGUUUGCAUCUCGGCAGGUCUGUUAGCCACCGUGUGUCCAAAGAAAACAGCCUCCGUAGUUUCAAGGGUAGCAGAGUACCGGAUUGCGAAUUCGAGGAGGUGAAUCGUCAGCUUAGUGUUGCACAAGCUGCCCUAGUUGAAUCCGAAAUGAAGUUGCGAUCUCAGCUUGAGGAGACGGGUAAGAAAGAGGAAACCAUUCGUAAAUUGGAGAGCGAAGUUGCACGGUGUACCGAUAACCUGCGAAUCACUGAAAAUGAGAUGAUGCAAAUGCAAGAACGCCUGCGGCAACUGUCGGAAUCAGCUAACGAUCGUCGGAUGGAGCAGGAAUUGCGAGUACAGCGCGAGGUUGUCCGCAGUCUUGAGGAAAAAUUAGCCAAGGCUCGUGAUGACGAGGCAGCUGCUAAGCUCGAAGUGCGUGAGGUGCUCAAUAAGCUUGCAGAAGAGAAGGAAGCGAGUCGGAGGCAGGUCAUGACUAUUGGGGAUCAGAAACGAGAGAUCGAGGCGUUACGAAUGAAGAUUUCUGAUCAGAGUUCUAAAGAGGAUGAGCUCACGAGAAAAUUGAAAAAGGCACUCGAGGAUAGAAAGGAGAAUGGCAUUUUUCCAGGAAUCUCUUUCGCUUGCCAAGCAGUCCGAAAUGGAAAUGGAAAAGCGGUUGGAACAAAC